GAUAUGGAACGAUUUGAUCGACUCUUGCAAGAACAACAAGUGGCAAUUCAACAAACUGAUGAAAAAAUUGAAAAGCUUUCGAAUUUUUGCCAGGAUUACAAGCGUCUCAUGCCAAGAUUAGAGGAAUUAUCAAAGCAUUUUACAAAGCGGGCCAUCAUUCCCUUUUCCCCUAAAGCAUUUGUUCCUGCUCAAUUAAUACAUACAAACGAAGUGCUUGUCCAUCUUGGUGGGAGCGCAGAACACUUCUGCGAAAUGUCAACCCACCAGGCCUUAUCCCUCCUCGCCUCAAGAAUUAAAAGAGUUGAGGCUGAUAUAUCCAAGUUAAAAGAACAACGAAAGCUCCUUACCGACAGGGAGACGCUUACUUCGAAAUUGGCCCGAGGUUCUAAUCCCUCCAGCCUAAAUACAGAUGCCCAGGAGACCAAUGAAUUUGAAAUAAGAGAGGAAUAUGAUCCGGCGCAAGAAGAAGAAUGGCUGAAGCAGCACAGGCAGCGCGCCGCUGUGGAAAGGAAGAAGGAACAAGACAGGCCGCGUCAACAAAGGGUUCGAUUUAAGGAGUCCCCGUCACCAUCCUCUGACGGGGAUACCGAGUCCUCUGGUUCCGAAUCAUGCCUACGUGCAGUCUCAAUUUAUCUCUACAAACCUUUGUCGAUCGAUGAUCACGAGGCGGCAGAAAAGGACAAAUCAAAAAUACCAACAAACUUCGGACGACUCUUUAUUACAGGAUGA